AUGGAUGGCUAUGAGCCAACACAAGCGACUCAAGAUGUCCUCGAUCCGCGACGCAUAGGGAAGCAGAACUCUGGCUUCUCCGACGAUGACGUAUCCGACAUCAUUUGCGUCUUGUACCCGCUCUCCAAGUCGGCACGGCAAGAGGUCAAGAGAUUAGCUGGGGAAAACUCUCCGUACAUCAUCGGCAAGGACGAGGCGGACAGUGUUGAGCCCGAUUAUGAAUUGGAGGAUCACGCGAGCCGGUUCGAGUCCCGUCCGGCCAGCCACGGAGACCACGCCAUCAUCUUGAGGCUUUCGUCUCCCGUCAAGAACCCCUCUGCUGGAUUCGCUUUUGGCAGAAACCGCGCCAGGUGCGAUGUUGUCUUCACCAACGAUCCGCUGCGCCGCAUCAGCAACAUCCAUUUCCGCAUCUACGUCAACGAGUAUGGAAAUGUCAUGAUUGAGGACCAGUCAACCAAUGGCACCUGUGUUGACGGGCGGGUCCUCAAGCGCUGCACCGAGGACAGCUCAACAUCAGCUAAUAAGUGGGUGUUGGGCUCUGGAAAUAUGAUCCGGAUUGUCUUGCACAACGAGGCCCUAGACUUGCAUUUCCGUGUUAGGAUACCUGGUCGGCAUGACCAUUAUGACCGGGCAUUUAUUAUCAAGGUCAGCGAAUACUUUGCCCGCCAUGGCUUGCACCCUGCGAGCGGCAGAGUGCCCAGUAUCCGUACCCAUGCCAAUGCCAACACCAACCCCGGGCCCGUUGAUCUGUUCAAGGUGCCUGGCGGGCCGCAGGCAAACAGAGCAGCACUGGAGACGAGUCCGUCGCCUCACCUGUCACCAGGUAAGCGGAAGGACUCGCAUGGUGCGGUACGCAAUGAGUGGAAGGGCUCCGGGAAAUACAACCGCAUAGGCAUGAUUGGCAAGGGAGCUUUUGCAGUGGUGUACAAAGUGACGUCAAAAUAUGACGGACUACCUUAUGCGGCAAAAGAGCUUGAGAAGCGUCUGUUUAUCAAAAACGGCGUCCUUGAUCAAAAGGUUGAGAACGAGAUGAGGAUUAUGCAGCGGGUGAAUCACCCCAAUAUUGUACGUUAUAUCGAGAAUUUUGACUGGGAGGACCGCCUCCUGAUAAUCAUCAUGGAGUAUCUGCCUCACGGUGACCUCGGCAAGACCAUUUCUGAGGACGGCGCGUUUACCGUCGAGAUGACACAAACCAUGUCCAGGCAACUACUCAGUGCCCUGGGCUAUUUACAUGCCAACAGUAUUACGCAUCGGGAUGUUAAACCAGACAAUAUCCUCAUCCAGUCGAUGGAUCCCCUGGUGGUCAAGCUGACCGACUUUGGGUUAUCCAAAAUGGUUGACACAGCAGAGACCUUCUUGCGCACGUUUUGCGGAACGCUCCUGUAUUGUGCACCCGAAGUGUACACAGAGUAUGCCGAGUAUGAUGAUAAUGGAGUCCGAAACCGAGGCAAGAAAAUGCGCCGUGUGCCCGGACAAAGAUAUAACCAUGCCGUGGACAUCUGGUCGCUUGGAGGUGUCCUGUUUUACGUGCUGACUGGCACACCACCUUAUCCCGUCAAAUCCGGCAUCAGCUACUCAGAGUUACUGCACAAGAUUAUGACAACAGAUUUGGACACCAUUCCCCUCCAGAGAUUUUCAGUAUCCGAGUCUGGCAUCGAUUUCAUCCGGCGAAUGCUCCAAAGGCGACCCGAGAGUCGCGCAACUAUACUCGAGCUCGAAAGUCAUCCCUGGCUUUGUGGCUUCGGCUCCGCAAUACAGGCUUCUCAGUCGUAUGACGAGAUCACGGAUGAUGAAGAGUAUCCUUCCCAGCUCGAAAAGCUAGUUGCGUAUGACGAUGACAGAGUGAGCGACUCAAUGAGCGAUAUCUCAGACAAGGAAAAUAGCUACAUGGAACAUGGCGCACAGCAACCACGUUUGUUUGGGGAGGUUGGUGUAUCUGCCAUCGGGUCCUCUGGUGUCAUUCCUGAAAAUUACCUCAAUCUGCCUGCCGAGAACAGCACGGAUGCGAGGGAUAUUCUGGGCUCCCACGAGGACGAAGCCUAUGAUUCAGGAGACUCGGACACAAUCAAGGGAAGGACUCAACAUGCAUAUCAACAUGACGCCAUAUCGAUAUACCCUAACCAGUCUGCGGACCAGCUCCAAAGCCUGGUAGAAGAUGUAGCGUCGCAGAAACUUGGAGGCAAUACGUCAGCCGCUCCGGAACGGAGCGAGUCACAACGGCUGUCCUUUUCUGUGGACCCCAACUCGAGUAAGAGAAAGCCACCAUUACCUGGUACCGGCGAGGAACAUGACGAGAACACGCCUCCGGGGGAGCCCAUAAUAAAGAGAUUGAAGUCGGAAGAAAGCUAUGAGGAUCCGCCUCCCGAAAUCCUCGAGGAGUACAGACUUCUGGCCAAGAUGCCACAAGUAACGAGACUUGACUCUGGUAGGCAAAUAGACUAUCCUGUGAGCAAGAUGGUGUGGUGGCAACAAGACAAGAAGACGUGGCAUUUGCAGUAUCCCGAAAUGACACAGCGCCAGCACGAUGCCUUCAGACGAGCAGCAAGGGAUAGAGGCGAGGAGUUUGGCCCUGGCAAGACGCCGCUCUGGGAUUUGGCAGUGAAAUAUUUUGCUCCCAGCCCUAGACCCGGACCAGGGGGCAGAAGCGGCCGCUCAACGGCCUCCGCGCCCGCUGGGCUGAGGCGAGACGAUGGCAGGAUGACUGAAGACAGGCUGGACCUCCCGUCAACAGCUCCAUCAAUCCAAUCGUCUCCAAUGCCCGAUACCUGCCCUCCUGACACGAAGAUUGUUGUGCCAGUCCAAGAGGGCCUCUCAACCAGCAGGGCGAUCGCAUUGGUGGACACUGACGCCUCUUCUCGUGUCCAAGGGAUCACAUUCCCCAUCACCGACUCGUUCGUCUCGUUUGGCAGGGGACCAGAAAAUACUCAAAGUUUCAAGGACAAACAAGAACCACGAGUACCAAAGUAUGCCUUCAAAAUCAUGCUGUGGAAAGAUGGCUUCGAUGCGUCAAAACAUUGCCCAACAGGAGAUCAGCCGUGGUGCAAGGAAGCCUCGCAAGAAGAUGCGCACCAUCACUUUUGGAUAUCCACAAAGGCCACUCUAGGCAUCAAGAUCAACGGGUACAACUUGCCGUCGUCGGAUCCCAGAAACCCAAGCGGUCCGUCCAAAUACUGGGCCAAGCUUCACAACGGCGACUCUCUCAUGAUUUGGGGCGGACAGGACCCCAGGAACCAAACGAAACUCACGUUCGGGUGCUUCUGGGGAGGAUCCUCGGCUGCGCGGCCGCCAGAUGGGCGACAGUUGGAGCUGGCCAGUCCCCAGAUAGCAGCCAAGCUAGAUGCCGUGUGCCAAAGGACCGAGAAGCGAGUCCGGGACGCGGCGGAGCGGAAGCGCAAGUCUGACGAGGCCAGUGCGGACAUUUCCGAGCGGGCGCGGCAGGUGGGACGAGAGCGGGAGCGCAGUCGACUGUUUGAGCAGAAGCGUCUGGCGGCCGUUGAGUUUUGGGCCGCGAGACAAGCUCUUUCGCGGAGGGGUUCCCCUGCCACCGGGCCGGCUGGUGCCUCGACGAGAAUGUAUUAG